GUGAGUGUGAGUGUGCAGACGGUGGGGGGUGAGGAGUGUGCGUGGGGGGAGCUGAUUUUGGGGGAGGUGCAGGGGAAAGGUGUGGGGAGAGAGGAAAUGGCUGUCCCUGUGGAGGAAGUCAUAGCGAGGACAAAGAAACUGAAUCUAUUCUACUCGGCAGUCACCAACGAGGGAGAGCAACCGAAGGUGUGGUAUCUCACGGAGCCAUUUGGUCUGGGUCUUGUACACAGCCGCACUCCUAACUUUGCCUGCCAUCCUUUUGCCAAUGCUCUGACAGGUAGGGUGGUCUCUCUACUGUGGCCACUGAGAGAGGUUGGGAAUGGGGAGGUCUGUUCUCGUGACUACGCCCUCUCUACCUGAACACUACUGCAUAGUCUUUAAACUAGGGUGAAUCACAUUUUCCUAAUCAAUUCUCGGUGUUUGUUUUCCCAUUCAGCUAUAAUAGAAAUUUGUUCAUUACAUCAGUCAACAAUGAAUGCCCAAGAGUGAGGGGAGGUGUAUGGGUGUGUUUGUGUGAGGCUACAGCUCCUGGU